AUGGCUCAAUACUAUCCGCAACAGCAGGGCUACGCGCCCCAAGGCUCCGCCCAAAACCUUCAAUUCUUCCCCUCGUCCUACACCUCCGUCUCAGGCCACACGACCCCCUCACAAGCUUCUUAUGGCGCUGGCGCCGGCUUCGGCGCUGCUCCUAACCCCGCGGCGCAGUCCUACCCUGUCGGUGGUGGGGGGUAUGGUGGUUUUGGAGCCUCCCCCGCGGCAGGCGUGAGUGGAAGGAUGGGUGAGCAGAGCGGUUUACGGACAGGUUGGCUGGCUGCAUUUGGAACAGAGGGCUACGAUGGUGAACCACCAUUGUUGGAGGAGUUGGGGGUAAAUUUCGAGCAUAUCAGGACUAAGACCCUCACUGUCUUGAACCCCUUCGCCUCGAUAGAUAACCACCUCAUGGACGACAGCGACCUCUACGGUGCACUGCUAUACAUUGUCCUCUACGGAACCUUCCUGCUUCUUUCUGGAAAGGUCUUCUACGGCUACAUUUAUGGAGUCGCUGUCUUCGGUACCGUCGCCUUGCACCUAAUUCUCAGCCUGAUGUCACCCGCCCUCGACACUCCCAACGCCGCAGACCCCUCGAACUACAACCCCCACCAUAAGCCCUCCAUGUCCGGCGCCUCCGCUGCUGGUCAUUUCUCUGCGACCUUGACCUUCCCUCGCUCUGCAAGCGUUCUGGGCUACUGCUUCCUUCCGCUCGUCCUGACUGCUCUCAUUGGUAUCCUGCUCCCCAUGGAUACCAUGUUCGGGUAUCUCCUCACUACUGCCGCGGUUGGUUGGUGUACUUACAGCUCAUCUGGCAUGUUCUGUGCCGUUGCCCGGAUGAGCGGGAUGAGAGGGCUGGUGGCGUACCCUCUUGCGUUGUUUUAUGUUGUUUUUGGCAUCAUGGGAAUUUUCUCUUCCAGGGGCACGGGCUCGCUUGCUGCGAAGACGGGGGCUGCCUGA